CUGUCAGGACUAGGAGGAUGGCAGAGACGGAGGGCGGGAGCCAUAGCAGCAGCAACAGCAGCAGCAUCGGGGGGUUAAAGGUGCUGCCGGCGAGGAAGUUGGGAGGAGGAGGAGAAGAAGAAGAAGGAGACGCGCUGAUCAGCAGCGCAAUGGCGGAGCCCAAUGACUCGCCUCUCCACGGCCAGCAGCCGCCGCCGCCGCCGCAGCAGCAGCCCCAGCCUCAGCCUCCACUGGAGCCCCAGCCUCAGCCGCCUCCUCCUCCGGCUCCGGCUCCUGCCCAGCCUCAGCCUCCUGCCCCGGCUCCUUCCCCGUCUCCUCCGGCCCCGCAACCCGCCGGCUGGCCCAUCUGCCGGGACGCCUACGAACUGCAGGAGGUGAUCGGUAGUGGUGCCACUGCUGUAGUCCAAGCAGCACUAUGCAAACCCAGACAAGAACGUGUAGCAAUAAAAAGAAUCAACUUAGAAAAAUGCCAGACCAGUAUGGAUGAAUUGCUUAAAGAAAUUCAAGCCAUGAGUCAGUGCAACCAUCCCAACAUAGUUACAUAUUAUACAUCUUUUGUGGUUAAGGAUGAACUUUGGUUGGUUAUGAAACUGCUAAGCGGAGGGUCAAUGCUGGAUAUAAUAAAGUAUGUUGUCAAUAGAGGAGAGCACAAGAGUGGUGUUCUUGAAGAAUCAAUAAUAGCAACAAUUCUUAAAGAAGUUUUGGAAGGCCUAGAUUAUCUCCACAGGAAUGGGCAAAUUCAUAGGGAUUUAAAAGCUGGUAAUAUUCUUCUGGGUGAAGAUGGCUCUGUACAAAUAGCAGACUUUGGUGUUAGUGCAUUUUUAGCCACAGGAGGGGAUGUUACUCGUAACAAAGUGAGAAAGACCUUUGUUGGUACUCCAUGUUGGAUGGCGCCUGAAGUCAUGGAACAGGUGAGAGGGUAUGAUUUCAAGGCUGAUAUUUGGAGCUUUGGAAUAACAGCCAUUGAAUUAGCCACGGGAUCUGCACCUUACCACAAAUAUCCUCCAAUGAAAGUUCAGAGGCCUACAGCUGCAGAACUUUUAAAAUGCAAAUUUUUCCAGAAAGCAAAGACUAGAGAAUAUCUGAUUGAAAAACUGCUUACAAAGACCCCUGAUAUAGCACAAAGAGCAAAAAGGGUCAGAAGAGUACCUGGUUCCAGUGGCCAUCUCCACAAGACAGAAGAUGGGGACUGGGAGUGGAGUGAUGAUGAACUGGAUGAGAAAAGUGAAGAGGGUAAAGCUGCUUUUUCCCAAGAAAAGUCACGAAGGGUUAAAGAAGAAGAAAAUGCUGAGAUUUCCAUGAAUUCCUGCAACAUCCCUGAUCAAAUACAGAAUCUGUCUAUAAAGGGUUCUCAGACUCAACCUACUGUUAGCAGUGAAUAUGGUGAAGUUCCAUGUGCUGUGAAUCUUGUUUUAAGACUAAGGAAUUCCAGAAAGGAACUUAAUGACAUACGAUUUGAAUUUACUCCAGGCAGAGACACAGCAGAUGGUGUAUCUCAAGAGCUGUUCUCUGCAGGCCUGGUUGAUGGCCACGAUGUAGUUAUAGUUGCUGCUAAUUUACAAAAAAUAGUAGAUGACCCCAAGGCCUUGAAAACAUUAACCUUUAAGCUGGCCUCUGGCUGUGAUGGUACCGAGAUCCCAGAUGAGGUAAAACUGAUUGGGUUUGCUCAGCUCAGUGUCAGCUGAUGCCAGUCACUCAGCGCUCAGCACAAUGGUGAGAUUGCAAGAGGCCAGCUUUCCAUCAUGAAGGAAAAUUCCCAGCAUCCCCCCCACACACACUGAGUUCUGCUUCAUUCUGUAGCAAUUCACCAAGUUGGAACAAGCAAAGCCCGCCGCUACACCGCUCCUGCUAACGUUCUGAAAGCUACUAAAUAUGUCUCUAGCCAUCAGAUUGGAUUUCUCUGACGUGAACACAAGACAGAUUGGAAAUGCACUCAGGUGGCUGUACCCAUUGGUUAUGAAAGGAAUUUUCUAUUAGAGCUAUUUCUUCUUUAAUUAAAAAAUAAAUAAAUCCGGUAAUAAUUAUUUUAGUGGCUAAUAUACUGACUCUGCUGUUGUAUGUAGAAAUGAACAUAAUUAUAAAUUCUAGGGCUUAUUAGCUAAACUUGAAUUCCUGUUCUUAAACCAACUGUGAAUUUUAUUUUUCCCUUCUAUUUAUGCAUUAUCCAUCCUAGCUGUGAGAAAUUGAUUUUCCCCUCCCCUCCCCUUUCUUAAUUUAUGUGCUACUUGCAGUUGAACACAUUUGUUUAAAGAGAGUUUCGGGUUUAUCUUAGAAGUAUAUGUCACAAUCUCUGGUUUUUGACCUUGAGGUAGGCAUUUAGUUUUGGUUUUGUUUGGUUUGUGUGUCCUUUUUAAAAAUCCAUAAUGGGAUUGUCAAGGGUGUGGGAGGUGCCUUGCAGAUAUUAAUGUUCUAAGAUUGUGCCUGAAGCUGUGUGAAUCGGAGCUCAUCUCAUUCCUAGAUCUGCCAUGUCUAGAUCGCUGAGUAAUGAGUAGUAGAGACUUGAGACAAAUACAUAUGGCCUGCAUUCUGCUUUGUCGAGGGAAUCACAAGCUGAAUUUUCUUAAAACGGUUGCCAUUAAGCUAAAAUGCCUUUAACUUUGCCCACCUCUGAUUUGGCUUAUCUUGAAGGGAUAGGAAUUGUUUUAUAAUGAGAAUAAAAAACUUGAAGAGAAUCUAAGCUUUACUUGAAAUUCUGCAGAAUACCCAGGUAGCGUGCAAAUAAUAGGAAAGGGCUUUGUGCAAUGAUUUAAAAGUUAAAGAAACAAAUUUCUGUUACAUUUUUUAAAAAUGCUUCUGAGCGAAGCAAUCAUAUGCUUAACCUGUGGCAUAGAUAUUUUGGAGCUAGUAAAUGUUAGAAAGAUUCUCUAACCUGAAGCAUAUUUUCAGAGAAGUGGGUUUCUUGGAUAUUACCUUGCUAAACCACUUCCUAGCUAAACUUGGAUAAAUGGCAGCUCCUUAACAUAUGGGGAAAUUGGCAAAUGUGUUAUUUAAGAGUUAUUUAUAAUGCCUUGUCAUAAAUGUUUGAGGUGUUCUAGAGCCAUUUACAUACAACUCAGUGUAAUUUCAUUCCAUUCUAUUGUUUACACAAUGAUUACUCAAAGAUUGACUGCAGAGAUAAAAGGAAAAUAAAAGUGUAUU